AUGGCAUCCGCCGCGGUUCCCGCUACUCUAUAUCGAACCACGAGCUCGCACCUGAACGGACAAAAACAAGGAUCUCGAGGCUGCCAGCUGGAAGCGCAAGUUGCCCCGUGCGGCCAAUUCGGUCAAACUAGCCGUUUGCGUCGCCUGCCAUUUCGCAGCGCUGCUGCUGUCAGCAAGGGUCGCACGGGAUCGGCGAUUUCGCGUCGUCGGUUGGCGAUUGUCGCCGCGACGGGCACGAAUGUCGCUGCAGAUGCGGACGUGGACCUUUACGGGCUUCUCGGGGUUGAUCGUAGCGCGGAUAAAACCGAGCUGAAACGCGCAUUCCGCAAGCUGGCGCUUCAAUACCACCCAGAUGUCAACAGCGACCCGGGGGCGGCAGACACGUUCAUUCAGCUCAGUAACGCGUACGAGGUGCUGGUGGACGAGGAGCAGAGGGCGCUGUACGAUCGGUUUGGGGCAGCAGCGCUGAGUCGUGACUUCAUGGCGGGCAGGGAGGGCAGUGCGCAGCGCAAGGGAGCGGCGUGGGAGGCCUUUGACACGUGGGACGAGUUCCAGCCGUUCCAGCGCAAGACGCGCAAGGGCGACGCCAGGCAGGCAGCAGCAAGCAGGUGGUCGUCAGACAGCGAGAGCGAGAGUGAGAGCGAGGGGGAGGGCCGGAUAGUGGAGGCAGUGACAGGCGAUGUGGUGGAGUAUCCUCUCUCUGCUGCCGUCAGGGACAGAUUCGACGACGGGCGAAUCAAAGGCGUUGGCUUUGUGGUUGGCCGCAAUAAAGACCGUGGCGAUCGUCACAAGCUCCCACCUGAGAAUCUGGGCCUGGUGGAGAUAGAGCCGCUGUUCCAGGAGGCGGGCGACGACGUGUGGCAGACAGAUGCUCUUGAGAGUGCCGCCUUCGCCUAUCUGGCCGACCUCAGAGUGUUGCGCACAGAGUUUGACAAGAGGACCGACUCGUGGCGCAUUCUGGACGCGCUGUCUCCGGGAUGCGGCAGCCCCGUGUACGACGAGGAGAUUAUCGUGUAG